UGAGGAUGACCCCCGCUCUCAGGGGGCCCGAGGUCACAGGCUCCGUCAGUCGGGGGUCCUACCAGCUACAGGCCCAGAUCAACAGAGCGGCAUACGAGGAGAGCAGACCCCCGGGCAGUUUGGUUCCCACCUCGGUGGCCGAGGCGAGCCGCGCGAUGGCCGGAGACACGACUCUGAGUGAGAAUUACGCCUUCGCAGGCAUGUACCACGUCUUCGAUCAGCACGUGGAGUCAGCAGUUCCACGGCUCCACUUUGCCAACGAUGACAGGCUGCUCUUGGCGUGUUGCUCUCUGGACGGCACCCUGUCUGUGCUCUCCCUCUCCUCCUCGCCCCCGGCUGUGCGCCUCGUCUUGUCGGGUCACUCUGGCCCGGUCACCGACUUCGCCUGGUCGCUCAGCAACGAUGUCAUCGUGUCCACCUCGCUGGAUGGGACCCUGCGGAUCUGGAACACCGGGGACGGAAGAUGCAUCCGAGAGGUGGAAGAUCCCGAUGGCUCGGAGCUGCUGUGCUGCACCUUCCAGCCCAUCAACAACAACCUGACUGUGGUUGGUAACAGUAAGCACAACCUCCACGUGGUGAACAUCUCAACUGGUAAGAAGGUGAAGGGCGGCUCCAGUAAGCUGACGGGUCGCGUGCUGUCGCUCUCCUUUGACUCCCCAGGAAAGAUCCUGUGGGCCGGAGAUGACCGGGGCAGCAUCUACUCCUUCCUCUUCGACAUGGCUACUGGGAAGCUGACAAAAGCCAAGCGAUUGGUGGUGAACGAGGGCAGCCCUGUGACGAGCAUCUCGGCCCGGUCCUGGAUCAGCAGAGAGGCCAGAGACCCCUCCCUGCUUGUCAACGCCUGCGUGAACAAGCUGCUGCUGUACAGAGUGGUUGAUAACGAGGGCACACUGCAGUUGAAGCAGAGCUACCUGAUCCAGCACAGCUCUCAGCCCCUGCACAGCAUCUUCUGCCCCCUCAUGUCCUUCAGACAGGGAGCCUGCGUGGUGACGGGCAGUGAGGACAUGUGUGUGUACUUCUUGGAUGUGGAGAGGAACACCAAAGCCAUCGUGAACAAGCUGCAAGGUCACAGCGCGCCAGUGCUGGACGUGAGCUUCAACUGCGACGAGAGCCUGCUGGCAUCCAGCGAUGCCAAGGGCAUGGUGAUCGUGUGGAGGAGGGAGCAGAAAUGAUGGGGUGGGGGAGCGAGCAGGAAGCUGAAGUGAGGGACAGGAGGGUGGAGGGGGGUGCAGAAGUGAGGGGGUGGAAGGGGGUGCAGAAGUGAGGGGCAGGGGAACACUGGGGAUAAACUAUAUAAAACACUACCAAAAACCUGGUAGAAUUACAGCAGCCACCUAACAUGUCUAUAUAAAGUAAUCUAGCAUCUUACACUGGCAUUGCCUGCUGUACACUGGGCACUGCUGGUGGGACCGCUCUGUAUAACACUAAUAUAAAACCUUGUGCAGAACUACAGCAUCUACUCAACAUGGUGGCUCUAUAAAGAUGUAAAGAUUUAAUCGAGUGUCUUACACUGGCAUUGCCUGCUGCGAGCUUGAUUUACAGUGUGGUCCAGCACAGCACAGCGAGGCUCUGCCCAGCACACAGCAGGCAAUACCAGAGUAAGCCACUAUACAAUUAGAGAGAGAGAGAAAAAAAGAAAUGAUAUAAAAUCAUGUGGAAAUGAACUCACUCCAUUUAAGACAUUACUGUAAAGUCAUUCUGAAAUAAACCUUGAUAUCUGUACUGAA